AUGUCGCUCUCGACCGACGUUAAGAUCCCUGAGUUCACUCACACGUCCACGGACGACAUCUACCGCCUCACUGACACGCUGCGCGCCACCUUCCGUUCUAACAAAACGAAGGACCUCAAGUGGCGAGCCGUUCAGCUUCGGAAGCUCUACUGGGCUAUCAAGGACUUCACCCCCCAGCUCUGUGAUGCUCUUCGUAAGGACCUGAGAAAAUGCAAACAUGAGGCCCUUCUCUCCGAGGUUGAAUGGGCUGCCAACGACUGCCUGUACAUGAUUAAGAAUCUUGAAAAGUUUGCCAAGGAGGAGACUUGUGAGGAUGUUCCCCUCACAUACGCCGCUCUGAAGCCGCGCAUUCGCAAGGAGCCUCUCGGCAUGAUCCUCGUCAUUGGCGCCUUCAACUUCCCCGUCCAGCUGACACUUCUCCCCAUCAUCGGCGCCAUCUCCGCCGGUUGUACCGCCGUCCUGAAGCCCUCUGAGAGCGCCCCGACCACCGCCAUGGUUCUGACCAAGAUUUUCGAGGCUGCCCUCGACCCCAAGGCUUACCAAGUCGUCAACGGCGCCGUCAAGGAGACCCAGGCCCUGCUUGACGUCAAGUGGGACAAGAUCAUGUAUACGGGAAGCACCUCGGUUGGCAAGAUCAUUGCCAAAAAGGCGGCCGAGACUCUUACUCCCGUAACUCUUGAGCUUGGCGGUUUAAACCCUGCCUUUGUCACCAAGAACGCCAACGUCAAGCUGGCUGCUCGCCGUCUUAUGUGGUCCAAGUGCCUCAACGCCGGCCAGGUCUGCAUUUCUCAGAACUACAUUCUGGCUGACCGCGCCAUUAUCGAGCCCCUCAUCCAGGGCCUCAAUGCCACCUAUAAGGAGUUUUUCCCCAGCGGCGCUAAGAACAGCCCUGACUUUUCCCGCAUCGUCAACAAGAAGUCGUUUCAGCGCAUCAAGAAAAUGCUUGACGAGACAAACGGAAAAAUCGUCAUGGGCGGUGGUUUGGAUGAGGACCAGCUCUUCAUCGAGCCCACCGCCGUCUUAGUCGACUCUAUGCUCGACUCUGUCAUGAAGGAGGAGUCAUUCGGUCCUGUUUUCGCCAUCAUGCCGUACGACACGCUUGACGAUGCUAUCAACAUCGCCAACCAGGUCUACAGAACGCCUCUGGCACUGUUUACAUUCGGAAACGACCAGGAGAACGAGAGAAUUCUCAACGAAGUUACCUCUGGCGGCGCCACUAAGAACGACGCCUUCUUCCACGCCUCUAUUGCAACCGUGCCCUUUGGUGGCGUCGGUGAAUCUGGAAUGGGUAGCUACCGUGGCCGGGCAUCAUUCGACAUGUUCACCCACCGCCGGUCGGUUGCCCAGACACCGACCUGGAUCGAGAAGUUUAUCCGCGUGCGUUACAUGCCGUACUCCCCCAAGGAGCUGGCCCGUCUGCAGCGCAUGACAGCAGACAAGCCUGAUUUCGACCGCAACGGCGUGCAGGUCCGCGGGCUCGGCUUCUGGGUAAAAUUUGUGCUUGGUCUUGGUGCCAAAGGUGCUAAAGGCAUCAUUAGGACUGUGAUCGGAUGA